AUGUCUUAUAGCUGCCAUCGCAAGUACUUGCCACGUCAUCAUCCUUACCGGAGGCAGAAAAAAGCUUUUAAUAAUGAGCAAGAAUUUGAAGUUGCACCUGCACCGUUAUCCGGAGAGGAUGUGUUAAAGAGGGUAGAAGAUAUUAACUAUGAGUACGGAAAGGGAAAAAAGAAGAAGAACUCAGAUUCUGCCUGUACACUACUAAAUAUGCCUUCUAAAACAAAAGAUAGUGUGGCUGCCCGCUUAGAUAUGGUUGACAUGGGUGUUAGACUUGAUUUGGGUCCGGAUAUUGGGGAGAAAAAAACAUAUUUACCUGCUGCCCCUUACACUUUGUCGAGGGCAGAAAAGAUAAAAAUGUGUACUUCUUUCUUGUUUAUGAAAGUUCCUUAUGGUCAUUCAUCAAAGAUAAAAAAUUUGGUAUCCAUGGAUGAUUUGAAGUUGUAUGGAUUGAAAUCCCAUGAUUGUCAUACAUUAAUGCAGCAAUUGCUUCCGGUGGCUAUUCGUUCGGUGCUUCCCAAGCAUGUUCGGAUAUCUAUAAUGAGGUUGUGCUUCUUCUUUAAUGCUUUGUGCACCAAAGUGGUUGAUGUGUCGAAGUUGGAUAAGUUGCAAUCUGAUUUGGUUUUGACCUUGUGUGAGCUAGAGAAGAUAUUUCCUCCCUCCUUUUUCGACAUAAUGGUUCAUCUCACUGUGCAUCUAGUUAGAGAAGUGCGAUUAUGUGGGCCUGUUUUCUAUAGAUGGAUGUACCCUUUUGAACGGUUCAUGAAAGUUUUGAAGGGGUAUGUUCGCAACCGUUUUCAUCCGGAAGGUUGUAUAGCCGAGAGUUAUGUUGGAGAAGAAUCUGUGGAGUUUUGCUCCGAGUUUGUUCACCAUUGUGAUCCAAUUGGAGUUCCUAAGGAUUCAAGUAAGUUGUGUGGACCACUUUCUAUUGCAAAACUAAAGUCCAUAGAUGAGAAAGAGAGAGACCAGGCACAUCUUCAUGUCCUAUCCAAUAAUGCUGAGGUGGAUCCGUAUAAGAAGGCACAUAGAAAGAUUGUGGAGCAGUUGUACGGGGGGAAAAAUAAGAGUAAACAAUGGCUAUUAAGUGAGCACAAUCGUACUUUUGCAGAUUGGUUUCAAUCCAAGGUUUUAGCUGAAAUGAAGGAAAAUCGUAAUAAGCACUUCACAAAGCUGCGAGAUGAGGCAAGAGCCGUCCAAAAUAGUGGGGUUUCCUUAUUGGCAAAGACGAUGCAGGUGUCUGGCGCUAAGGAUAAAAAUCCGGUGGAGAGUGAUAUGACUUUUUAUGGGGUUAUCGAAGAGAUAUGGGAGCUUGACUAUCAUGCUUUCAAAGCCCCAUUGUUUCUGUGUAAAUGGGCAGCGAAUGAAAAAGGAAUCAAACAAGAUGAGUUUGGUUUUACACUUGUUGAUCUUAAUCAUGAAGGCCAUAAAAAAGACAAGUUUGCUUCUGCUGGUCAAGUGAAGCAAGUAUUUUUUGUGGAAGAUCCACUUGAUUCCCGUUGGUCCGUUGUACUAACCACCCCAAAUAGAGACUAUCGGGAUUGUCUCUAUGAUGAUGAUCUAGGGGACACCACCUUGGAACAUCAACCAUUUUGUGCUGAAAUACCCGCUUGUAAUGAAGACGAGAAUGAGGCUGAUGCCACUUAUCUAAGAGAGAAUGUUGAGGGGUUUUGGGUCAACCAGUUCACUACUCCAAGAGAGCAUUAG